AUGCACAAACAAGCAGUCUUCCUCAACUAUGCGAUUAGAUUGUUAUCUUACGGCUUUCCUAAUACCUGGAAUGAGAGGUUGUAUCAACAAGGUCAUGACUGGGCUUCACGGGUUACAUGCAGCGCGAUUCUUCCACACGUCAGCUGGCUCAUGAAAUUGGUUCUGCUGCACUCACUUAAGGUUACCAGCCCGGAGCUUUUCGCCCAACUGGUCUUCCGCGUUGGGAAAUACCUCUGGGAGAAAGAGCAGCCCAUGGCUGCACGCUCAUUUUUUGAAUUCGGCCUCCAGCUAGAGAUUAACCCUUCCAUCGAGAACUAUGCGCAGGCGUACCGCUUGCUGGGCCACAUCGCACUUGAUAUGGCACAGCCAAAGGCUGCAUUGUCUGCGUACCACCGGGCACUUCGCGUGAGAGAAGCGGUUGAAGAGCCAAAUUCACCCUCGGUGGCUGACAUAUACGACUCCAUUGCCUGCAGCUAUACGGAGCAAGGAAACGUUGAUAAUGCCUUCGCAUAUCUUUCGAGAGCGGUGGAGAUCUAUAACAUGAACAAUUCACUUUUAAUGGGCAGAACGCAAGCGAUAUAUGCGAUGUCGUACCUCCGAGCAGGGCAACCGAGAAAAGCACUUGCCACACUGCAGCACUGCUGGAAGCUGCAGAAUUUGACUAAAGAACAGGUUGCUCGGUCAAAAUACCCCGAACACAGUGGAGACAUUGCUCUUCUGUCCAGAAUUAAGCAUGCCCAAGGUCUGAAGCAAGAAGCCCAGAAGCUUGCAUCUAGAGCGAUUUCCAUCCGCAAGGGUCUUUAUGGAGACAAAGGGCCUCGGGUGGCUGACUCAACAUUCAUAGUUGCCCGAAUGUUGGAGGCUGAAGGUGGAAAUGUACGGACUGCAGAACUUUUGCGCAGUGUCACUGAGAUGAGUCGAGGAGCACCUGAGAUGCAAGGCCAUCUUGCACGGUCAUCGUGGUUCCUUGCCAUGGUGGAGGACAAAAUGGGAGACAGCACCAAGGCUGGACAACUUAAGAUAGAGGCCAAGAAGGAGCGGGACAAAAUUGGUGGAAGGGAGGCAGCGGAUGAGGACACCGAUGCUGCCUUCAUGAACUUGGAUCCAUGGAUGCUCUGGUGA